AUGCUGAGUGCUUUUGCCGAUACUUUGUCGUCAUGGACAGCACCUAAUGAGAAUUCAUUCUCUAUGCAUUUGUUUAUUUUCAUAAAAGAACUGUCUAUCAUUUCUCUCAAUCUGGCGUUGAAGUGCCCGUUUCUUCAAUCAUUUGAUGUUCAAAAAACUUUAUUCAAUCGUUAUUUUGCCGCUUAUCUCCGCUGGUGUAUUGAUCUUACCAUGCUAGGUGCCAGUAGUAGUGAGGAUGAUGAUGACGAAUUUGUAAAUGAAGAGCCUGAGGUGAGUAAUUUUGACAUUUACGCUUUUAGUCUCAUUUAUUUUUCUUUCUAAAU